GGCUAUUCGUACAUAGUACACGUUUCUCAUUUGAUUUCCCUCACGUCCCUUACUCUUCCCUGCGCAACCCCCACGCAAUCCCAUGGCCGCCUCCGUCGCCACCGCAGCAGCCGCCGCCGCCGCGGCCUCCCAGAAGCUCUCUCCGCUUACAACCCCUCCUCAUGACAAACCCUUCUGCUCUUCCUUCUCAAAAACCCUCCUAAAACCCUGCCACCCCGUCACCCACACUCGCAAAGUCCACUGGACCGGUGUCUCGGCCGCUUCCAAGAAUCCUAUCUCCGAUGUCUCCGACGAUUAUGACGACAAACCCAGAGAGGAGUGCGGCGUGGUGGGCAUCUAUGGCGACCCCGAAGCUUCUCGCAUGUGCUAUUUAGCCCUCCACGCCCUCCAGCACCGCGGCCAAGAAGGCGCCGGCAUCGUCUCCGUCCAUGACAACGUCCUCAAAUCGAUUACUGGAGUUGGUUUGGUUUCUGAUGUCUUUAACGAGUCCAAGCUAUCCCAACUCCCCGGUGACAUGGCCAUAGGCCAUGUCAGAUACUCCACCGCGGGCGCGUCCAUGCUGAAGAACGUCCAGCCGUUCGUUGCCGGGUACCGAUUUGGCUCGGUUGGGGUUGCCCACAAUGGCAAUUUGGUGAAUUACCAAUCCCUUCGAGCUCGGCUCGAAGAAAAUGGCUCCAUUUUUAACACUAGCUCCGAUACGGAGGUGGUUCUUCACCUUAUUGCGAUAUCGAAGGAGAGGCCGUUCUUUAUGAGGAUUGUUGAGGCGUGCAGGGAGCUGGAGGGAGCAUAUUCGAUGGUGUUUUUGACGGAGGAUAAGUUGGUUGCGGUUAGGGACCCUUACGGCUUUAGGCCGCUGGUUAUGGGCAGGAGGAGCAACGGUGCCGUGGUGUUUGCCUCGGAGACUUGUGCUUUGGAUUUGAUAGAAGCUACUUACGAGAGAGAGGUGAUGCCCGGUGAGGUAUUGGUUGUGGAUAAAGACGGGGUUGGACCCCUUUGUCUGAUGUCUCAUCCGGAGCCUAAGUCUUGCAUCUUUGAGCAUAUUUAUUUUGCUUUACCCAAUUCAGUAGUUUUUGGGAAGUCUGUUUACGAGUCUAGGCGGUCAUUUGGGGAAAUUUUGGCCACUGUAUUCCCCGUUGAUUGUGAUGUGGUGAUAGCUGUGCCUGACUCUGGAGUUGUGGCUGCCCUUGGUUACGCUGCAAAAGCAGGGGUUCCGUUUCAACAGGGGUUGAUAAGGUCGCAUUAUGUUGGGCGGACAUUCAUUGAGCCUUCGCAAAGGAUUAGGGACUUUGGAGUCAAGCUUAAGCUUUCGCCAGUGAAAGCGGUUUUGGAAGGGAAGAGAGUUGUGGUUGUAGACGAUUCGAUUGUGAGAGGAACAACUUCUUCCAAGAUUGUUCGGCUGAUAAAGGAGGCAGGGGCUAAGGAGGUGCAUAUGAGGAUUGCUAGCCCUCCAAUUAUAGCUUCUUGUUAUUAUGGUGUGGACACUCCCAGUGCUGAAGAAUUGAUAUCUAAUAGAAUGAGUGUGGAGGAGAUUAGGGAGUUCAUUGGAUCAGAUUCACUUGCUUUUCUUCCAAUUGAUAGCUUGAAAGAGCAUUUGGGGGAAGACGCACCAAACUUUUGUUAUGCUUGCUUUUCUGGUAAGUACCCAGUUUUGCCAAGGGGAAAGGUGAAAAGGGUGGGUGAUUUUCUUGAUGAUGGAUUGAGUGGGAGUUUGGAGUCUAUUGAUGGAGGUUGGCUUUCUGGAACCAGAAAUUAGAAGCAAAAGGAUACCCGAUCACCUACCUAGUCUGAUCGGGUCUAAUUUGGGGGUUUAGCAGAGAGAGGGGGAAGAGGAGAGACUAUUAUUACAGAAAAUAAAAGGAGAGAAAGUUUUGACACCUACCUUUUUUAUCCAUCUUAUACCGGGGCUUCGGAUGAUUUUGAACUUACUAGAUUUUAUUCUUUUGUUCUUUUAACAUUUUGUGUAUAAGCUUCUGUUUAUCAUUUGUGUGCGUCGAACAAACUCUCGUCUUGGCUCCAUUUCGGCUCCUCCUGCCCACGUUUGAACAAACUUUCUUAAACUUUUGAACCAUCUCAUUUCUCUCCACUUCUGUUUCUCCACCCAAUUAUCACAAACAAAAGAAUUUUUUUUUGCUCACUGUUGUUGAGAAUGCUACCAUAAGGUUGUAAAUUGUAAUGUUAUAAUAAAGUUGAAGUUGCUCUA